AUGGCAAAUGUUAACAGGUUUAUGAGAAAUCUAACGGAUGAUCCCAGAUGCAAAAUUUGUAAUAGCCAGGAUGACACUACGCUUCACUUGCUUCGGGAUUGCACCAUGGCAAAGGAUAUAUGGAACCAAAUAGGGGGUCCUGCGAGUAUAAGAAGUUUCAAAGAGGGGACUCUGAAGCAAUGGAUUGUUCGUAACAUAAAAAUCCAGUUUGAAGAAGCCUGGAGAGUGCUAGGGGAUGGGGGAAACUCCAAUAGCCUUGUAUCUAGGGGAAGAAGUGAGAUAUUUGUCAAAUGGCUAGGACCACCUCAAGGCUGGCUAGCUCUUAACACAGAUGGGGUGCGAAGGGAUCCCCUGGACCAGCUGGAGGAGGAGGAGUAA